GCGGCGGCCCGGCCCCGGGGACGCGUCCGGCGCGGGAGGCAGCUUGAGCCGGGCCGGCGCGGGACUCCAAGGAGGCGGCAGGUUUUAGAGAGUAAACUGGGGACUGCGAGCCCUCUGAUGUUCAGAAUGGAAAUCCCAGUUGUGCUCCUUAUUCUGGGGAUCCUUGCAUUUGCUGAUUCAGCAAGAGGCCCGCCCAGAAUUGCUGAUAAAGUAAUCCACCGGCAAUCUGUAAGAUUAGGAAGAACAAUCAAGCUUCUCUGCCCAGUAGAAGGUGAUCCGCCGCCUCUUACGAUGUGGACGAAAGAUGGACGGACCAUUCACAGUGGGUGGACAAGGUUCCGUGUCCUCCAGCAAGGCCUGAAAAUCAAGGAAGUGGAAAGUGAAGAUGCAGGAACAUACAUCUGCAAAGCCACCAAUGGUUUUGGCAGCACGAAUGUGAACUAUACCCUCAUUGUGAUCGAUGAUGCCAGCUCAGGAAGGGAGAGUUCGGGACCUGAAAAUCCUAACAGUGAAUCAGAAGAUCAUUCUGGGAAGCUCUGGGCUCGACCAAGAUUUACUCAGCCUGCUAAGAUGAGGCAACGUGUGAUAGCCCGUCCGGUGGGGAGUUCAAUCCGCCUGAAAUGCGUUGCCAGUGGGAACCCACGGCCAGACAUCAGCUGGCUGAAAGACAGCAAGCCUCUCACGUCGCAGGAGAUUGGCGAGAACAAAAGGAAGAGAUGGACGCUAAAUUUGAAGAACCUGAAGCCCGAGGACAGUGGGAAAUACACCUGUCGUGUUUUCAACAGAAUGGGGGAAAUCAACGCCACCUACAAAGUUGAAGUGAUCCAGAGAACACGAUCCAAGCCAAUUCUUACUGGAACACACCCUGUGAACACAACCGUAGACUACGGAGGAACAACCUCAUUCCAGUGUAAGGUGAGGAGUGAUGUGAAACCUGUGAUCCAGUGGCUCAAGAGAGUGGAGUAUGGCACAGAGAACAGAUACAAUUCCACCAUUGAUGUCGGCGGGCAGAAGUUUGUAGUACUGCCCACCGGGGACGUUUGGUCUCGUCCUGAUGGCUCCUAUCUGAACAAACUUAUGAUCACGCGAGCCAAGGAAGAGGAUGCUGGCAUGUACAUCUGCCUAGGUGCAAACACUAUGGGAUACAGCUUCCGAAGUGCAUUUCUCACCGUGUUGCCAGAUCCCAAGCCCCCCAGCCACCCGAUGGCUCCUUCUUCUGCCAGCAGUCUACCAUGGCCCGUGAUCAUUGGAAUCCCGGCUGGAGCUGUUUUCAUCUUUGGGACAAUCGUCCUCUGGCUUUGCCAAGCCAAGAAGAAGCCAUGUUCGCCUCCAGCUGCAACUCCAGGACAUAGGACCCAGCCACGGGACCGGGUCUGCACGGCCCAGGUCUCCGAUAAAGACUGUUUGUCUUCCAUAAACUAUGAGGAAUAUGUAGCCCAGCAGCAGCACUUGCUGACCCAAGGGCCAGUCCUGGCUCCAAACACAGCUUCCAAAAUGUAUCCAAAGAUUUAUACAGACAUCCACACUCACACCCAUUCACACGUGGAAGGCAAAGUACACCAGCACCAGCACAUUCAUUACCCAUGUUAAAAGGCCACCAUUUUCGAAUGUUGUGAUACCGCAUCCAGAUCGCUUUGCAUCAGCUUAGACUGCCAGGGUGUGGGAAGAUAAUCCAUCCCGACCCAGCCCAACAAACCAGUAAUUUGGAGAGGAAUGUGGUGUCAGGGUGUGUGGUUACUGUGACCAGGAGUAAUGAAGGAAUUCCCAAAUGGCAAAGACGCUCCUUUAGAAGCCAGUUCAUCUGGUUGUCACCCCAAGAGGAAGAGGGGGGAAACUGCCUCUGAUCCCUGCUCAGGUGCAAGGCCAAGAGGGUUCAUCCCAACCCCGUCUCCUUCUGAGGGACUCAAAGCAAGCAGCACAAUGCCAAAGUGCCAGCGAAAAGGGGAGCAUUUGAGUGGCCUUACAGAGAAGAUGGAUGGAUGGAUGGAUGGAUGGAUGGGU